ACGGACCAGUGCACCUUGAACCGUCCGGCGGAUAACCCCGCGUCUUUUUCUUUUCUUUUCUCAUUAAUAAACACAUUUAAUUAAAUAUGUCGAGUUUCCCACACGUCCUCCGUCACGUGCCUCAGGCCUCCUGGCGGUUGUCGUGCGUCAGUCCGCGUUCAAACGUCAGGUUCUCGCACGUUAGCUCGUGUGCUAAUGCUAAUGCUAAUGCUAACUCCUCAGUAGGUCACCGGACCGGUUCCAGAUGCUACACACGGAUCGGCUGUGCAUCCGGGUUCUGGGGGGACACGGCCGCCUCAGUGCCUCAGCUGAUCUACGGUGGGAAGCUGGACUUCCUGGUGUUUGACUACCUCAGUGAGAUCACCAUGUCUCUGCUCACCGCCGCCAAGACCAAGACGCCCACUCUGGGUUACGCUCCAGAUUUCGUCCACUUCGCUCUCGCUCCGUUUAUUAACGACAUCCACAGGAAAGGUAUCCGUGUGGUCAGUAACGCAGGAGGAGUCAACCCUCUGGCCUGUGCCGAGGCCAUACAGGAAGUCAUUAAGAAGGCUGGCCUGGACCUCAAGGUCGCCGUGGUGACCGGCGAUGACCUCAUGCCCCAUAGAAGCAGCCUCUCUGAAGUAAAGAUGGCGGAUGAUGGCAGUAGCCAACGGUUACCUAAAACUCUCCACAGUAUGAACGCUUACCUCGGAGCUCUUCCUAUCCGGCGCUGUCUGGACCUCGGGGCCGACAUCGUGGUGACGGGUCGCUGUGUGGACAGCGCCGUGGCUCUGGCUCCGCUCAUGCACAGCUUUGGAUGGGAGAGGACGGACUACGACCUGCUGGCAGCGGGCAGUCUGGCAGGUCACCUGAUCGAGUGUGGAGCUCAGAGUACAGGUGGAGUCUUCACCGACUGGCACAAAGUUCCUGACUGGGAGAACAUGGGGUUCCCCGUGGUGGAGUGUUCCAGCGACGGCUCCUUCCUUCUCUCCAAACCGCCCAAAACCGGCGGCCUGGUCUCCUUCGGCACGGUGGCCGAGCAGCUGGUGUACGAGAUCGGCGACCCGCGGAGAUACCUGCUGCCCGACGUCACCUGUGACUUCAGCCAGGUGGUCAUCCAGGAAGUACCGGGUGUAGAUGGAGGUGCUGUCAGAGUGACGGGGGCUAGAGGCUCGGCUCCAUCACAUGACUACAAGGUGUGUGCAACCUACAUGGACGGUUACAGGGCGACUGCGGUUUGUCCGGUCGGCGGUCCGAGAGCUGCAGAGAAGGCCAGAAGAACCGCAGACAGCAUCAUCAAACGGACCAAACGAAUGCUUCAGCAGUUAAAGAUGGAAGAUUUCAGCUCCGUCAAUGUCCAGAUCCUCGGAGCCGAAGACACCUACGGUCCCAACGCUCGCAGCAAGGGCUCCAGAGAGGCAGUGAUCUGGAUGGCUGCCCACCACAAACAGAAGAAAGCUCUGGAGAUCUUCUCCAGAGAAAUCGCUCCUGCAGGAACCGGCAUGGCUCCCGGACUGACCGGCAUCGUGGGCGGACGACCCAGAGUGUCUCCUGUCCUGAAGCCAUUUUUCUUCUUACAUCCCAAAUCUGAGCUGAAGGUGGACGUCCACGUUGGAGGAGAGCUGGUGGAGACUCUUGAAGAGGCGGGGCCAGACACACCUGAGCAGGAAGCCCCUCCCACCUCAGCACAGGACGAACCGGAUGCAGGACUGCCCAGUGGACCUCACAGCUACAGACUGGAGGAGCUAGCUUACACCAGGAGCGGAGACAAAGGGGACUCGGCUAACAUCGGAGUGAUAGCUCGUCACCCGCUCUUCUUCCCCUACCUGAAGAAACACCUGACUUCUUCUGUGGUGGAGGAAUACUUCUCCCACCUCAUUGAGCCGGGGACCAACAACGCCGUGACACGAUACACUCUGCCGGGGAUCCACGGCCUCAACUUCGUCCUGCAGAGUUCACUGGGAGGGGGAGGGGUGGCGUCUCUACGCAGCGACCCCCAGGGAAAAGCUUACGGUCAGAUGCUGCUGGACGUGAAGCUGAAAGGACUGCCGGACCUCAAAUCACUGGUGGACUGAAAGAGAGAGAGAGAGAGAGAGAGAGAGAGUUUUAACAACUAGAAAUUGAAAGUGAAAGUGAAGAAAACUCCCGGUGAGCCUUUAAAGGACAUUUUACCUCAACAGAAACACAUCAUGUGGAAAGAAAUGUCAUGUCCUCAAUCAAAACAAGGGAAAACCUGACAAAACACAACCUUACUGUAACAAUUAAAAGUGAGCUUCCAUGCAAAUACCUAAAAUCUCCAGAUAUUAACAUGUUGAAUAUAUUGUUAUUAAUUGUAGAAAUUAUGAACAGAAGUCGGAAAAUUAGACCUUAAUAAACCAGAAUUGUCCUUUUAAGGGGAAACACUACAGAUGAAUAGGGUAAAAAAAAAUUGAUAUAACAAUGAAACUUUGAAACACCAGUUGAUUACUAACAUUAAGACAAUUAUUUGUUCUAUUACAAGUUUUAUGAAAUGUUAUGUUUAAAUAUGCAAAUUAUGCAUUAUUUAAUAGUAACUUUUGGUGAAUUUAGGAGAAAUUUGCAUAUAGACACAGUACUAAAUUAAAGUUUUCUUUCCACCAGUCUGAAAUAAGAAGUCAAAAUCUCUAAACUGAGCAUGAAAAACAAUGUUUCUGCCUGUAGUUUCUCACCUUAAAUGCAAAUUCCAGCACAGCUUCCCCGUCUGUUCGUCAGAUAUAUGAAAUACAUGAUUUGUUAGGAGUGUAGGAAAACCCAGGAACAGUCCUUUAACAACAUGAACAUCCAGAGAUUCGAUUGUGAGCUCCAACGGCAGCCUGUGGAGAGAGUGUUUGUGGAUGAAUGGAACCAUUUUGGGGGGGGGUUUGCCACUCACGAUCUGGACCUGAGCUCCAGCUUCAGGGGAGCUGACCUCUGACCUCCUCGGGAAAAGGAGGAGCGGUGGUUUGGGUUUCCCUCGGAGUCAUCAGGCCUCAGGUCGGUCCCCCCCCUCCCACCUCGUUCACCUCAACGCGACCCGACUCCGAUGUUUCGCUGCCCCGCAGGAAUGUUCGUCUCCUUCCACACAAAAAAACAUCUCUCUUUCUUCCAGUCUGUUUAUCCAUAAUUGCAAACAGACUGUAGCUGCAGUCGAGUUUCUCCACAGCUUCCGUCGAGGCUGGAAACUCAUCUCGACCACCUCCUCUGAGUCACAUCGCCCUCUCCCAGUUUGCUCCAUCAAUGAAGAAGAAAUCCAACUCUUUUUAGAUUUUCCAACUCUUUCCUGGCGACCAUUUUUCAAUUUGACCUCUUUGGGACUUUGGAAAAUUGUGACUUCAGUAUCUUAUAUUUUGCUGUUGGAUCUGUGAGCCUCUGUGAAAUACAAGAAAGUAUUUCCUCAUUGAUUGCACCCAAACACAGAACAGAACCACAUCACACGGUCUGCCUUUGAACAACAACAGAACCAUGGUCCUCUAAACAGACGUACAAAGACAUUUACAUGCAAUAAAAACCCCCAAAAAUGACAACAACACAAAUCCUUCCAGACACGAAUUGAAAACAGAAGUUGCGUGAGUAUAAAUCAAACAAAUAAAAGGAAAAAAUAAUAAUCUAUAGCCUUCUCUGUGGGAGUUCAAAGACGACACAGACGUGGUCAGAUUUUUAUUAAGCGUAGUGUUAAAAUCAAGGCUGUAAAUUCCAGCUCAUUUCCUGUUUUCAUAAAACCCUCUGUCAUGUGGAAACUCACUCACAUCUUAAUGAUGAUGAUGAAGUUUGAAAGCAAAGCGUUCUGAUUCACAUCUGUCCACCAUAUUGCCCUCUCAUUUCCCAAAUCUCUGACGACGUGAUUCCCAAGAAAUAUCUGAGACUGCGUUAAUUAGUUGGAGAAAACACUCACUCAUUGUGGAAGUAGUAGACUUAUGGUUUGCUACCGAGAGGUUUGAGUCCAGAUUAUAUGAUUCACAUAACUGUUUGUACACUUUUGAUAAUAAUAGAGGUUCUUUACUGAUAGAUAAGUAACACAUUAUUCUGCAGUGUGUAUUGACAUUUCAACUAAACAUUAACUGAUGAAUUCUCAGUUAAAUAACAGGAAAAUGAUCCAAAAUGUUCUCCUUUGGUGAAAAAGCAAUGGUCCUAGGAUUGAGCCCUGUGGAACACCAGAGAGCGUUUCUUCAAUUUAGCAGAUUGAAAAACAAACAACAGAAACAUAAAGGGUCCACAUAUUUUAAGUUGAAGCAGUUCAGGGUCUUUGGAUAAAUCUGGUUAAACUCUGUGAUCAACCAAGGAAAAGGGCUUGUAUUCCUUUGGUAUUCAGGAAACUCAAAACCAUAAAUGUUUGGGCCAAAUUUCAUGGUAAUCUAUGCAGGAUCUGUUUAAAUAUUUCACUCCGAACCAAAAUGUUCUCCUUUGGUGAAAAAGCAAUGGUCCAAGCAUUGAGCCCUGUGGAACACCAGAGAGUUUUUCUUCAUUAUAGCAGAUUUAAAAGCAAACACCAGAAACAUAAACGGUGACUUUGACCAUGAAUGUCCGUCCCAAAUGUCAUGGUGUUCCAUCCAGUAGUUCUUUAGAUAUUUCAGUAAAAUUACUGCCUUUGUCAAGGGAGUCUGGUAUCCUUGAAUGAAGCAUAGAUGACAACUUCAGUCCCUAUCAGAAAGAACAGUCUGACAGUCAACUCCUCUCCAAAACAUCAGAACUAUACCUUUAAAUCAACCAAUAGAGACAACAACAAUUUCCAAUCUAAGAAAACCAGUUCUCACACUUACAAAAUAAGUUGUAAAAGUCUAUCAGUGAUGAAGCAUGUGAGAAAACAGAAAAGCUAUUUUCAUUCAUAAAAAUUAAACUUUUCAACUUACAGCAGUUUUCCAGCAUCAACACCACUUCCUUUAGCUCACCAGCUGCCAAAUACUGAGCAAACAUUGUGGGUUUGUUUUAAAAAAAAGUCAGAAAACAACCAUUUAUUAUUUUAUAAGAACUUUUUUAUGGACAAAAAAAAGUUUACAGGACGUUUAAACUCUCAUAUUUCUCUCCACUCGAAGCCUUAACAUGAAACCACGAGUGCUUUUUGUAUCACUGUGUUGAUUUUAUUUACCACUUCAGCUUUAACAUCUUCUCACUUCUUUCUUUUUGUCCUUUUUUGGAGACAUUUCUCAAGCUUGAAAGACCCCUCAGUGUUUUGAAAUCACAGAUGAUUGUAACUGAAGAUCUUAGAUGAUUUGUGAUGAAUGUAAAUGAUCACUUCUGUAGAUUUUUGUUUUCUUUUUAAUUAUAGAAGUUUGAUUUUUAUGCUUGGAUUUAAAAAACAACAACACGAAAUGCAUUUAAGAGUGAGUUGACUUUGUAUGAUUUUGUAGAUACUAAACCGAAGAGAUUGAUUAAACAUAUUUUUAUGAGCAUCA